UGCGCCCCAGUCUCCGCCGUGGAGGAGAGCGAUGCGGCUCGGAGAGUCCGGAGAGGUCGGUGAGUGUGGAAACCAGCAGGAGCGCAUGAGAUGCCCGGGAAUAUGAGCAAAGAAGACGGACCGAGUCGGAGCUCAUGUUUUACUUUCACCAUCGACAGCAUCUUAAACCUGAAGCAGCGGCAGGACUGUGCGCGUUUGGACGUCUUAAAGGACACUGAGUGUAAAAAUGAUUUUCAGAGAUGUCAGGAAGUGUGGGACGUCCCGAGAAAGCAGCACAUCGAUGAGACAGAUAAUCCCGCAGCCCGUUCAGCGGAUCGGGGGAAGACCAGCGCGUCACCCACCGAUCCAUCCUCUCCGGGUGCGCACAUUGCGCACGGUCCGGAGCACCAGCCGUCUGCCGCCGACACCAAAGCCACGGUCAAGAAGAAGACCCGCACCAUCUUCUCCAAGAGGCAGAUCUUCCAGCUGGAGGCCACCUUCGACAUGAAGCGCUACCUGAGCAGCUCAGAGAGGGCAUGCCUCGCCAGCUCGCUGCAGCUCACGGAGACCCAAGUAAAGAUUUGGUUCCAGAACCGCCGCAACAAGCUGAAGAGACAGCUGUCCACAGACACAGAGAGUCCGCUGGGCGCGGAGCAUUUCUCUGAGGCGGGGAAAAACACGCAGUUGGCGAGUUUUUACAAAGACAGCAGCCUGCUGGGCGGAUGUUUGUUACCGAUGCCUUUUCCCGUUGUUUAUCCGACUGCGAACGCUGCGCCUUACAUCUACUUCUCCAACUCUGGCAAAUAUUUUGGCCUGUUUGAUACAGACUGAUGUCUUCUUUUCUUUUUUUCUUGGACACUACGGGCGACAAUCAUCUGCGAUCAGCAUAUUAUUCUAUUACUUUAUUUUUUGUAUUUUUUGCGGCCGCUUUGGGUAUUUUUGUUGAACAUACGUCUCAAAAAUGCAUGUGCCACUUUUAUUAUUAUUAUUAUUAUGACUAUUAUUUUUAUUAUUAUUAUUAUUGAAUGGCGUUUAAAAUCAUCAGAGCAAGGAUUAUAUCGCAUCAAGUCUCUCUGAUUGAAUGUACCAAGUGAGAAAUCAACUUUCUUACUGCGCGGUACUUGUGUGCGUUUUUGCGCGCGCGAUUCUGAACUUCUGUAUUUAUAUAACGACUUAUUGUUUUGUUUUUUCAACGGUUUAUGCUCACUUGACCUUCCAUAAGACUAUUAAACUGUGAACGCAGUUUUGAUCAUGAAAACAAAAGGUUUUGCAAUUAAAAGUGGAAUAUAUGCAAUCCAUACAGACACUGAACGGAAAUAAAAAAAAAAUACUAUUAAAGCUUUUUUUUUUGUAGUUUUUAGGUAAUAAGUUGAAGGAUUUUUUUAAAUAUAAUUUUUAUAAUCUAAUAAUGCUGUCUACAAACUUUACUAAAAGCAAACUCCAGCCAUUUUAAUGGUUUUCUGAUUUACUGAAAGCCUGGUACUUUGAUAUAGAUCUGUGCAGCCGAAUAUGUUGCAGAGGACAGUUUAUUUCACUGUUCCAAAAGAGAAGUCCGUAAAUACUUCAAAUAAAAUGUAAAGCAAAUAAAAAAUAAAAAAAAAUAUUUCUUUAUACUUAUAUGCAUGCGUUUUUACUGUGAUCUGCAUUUUUGAGUUUGUUCAAACUUUACCUGUCACAAGUCUAUUAGAAAUAAGCUCUAAGAAGCUUUUUAUUUCAUUAAAUUAUUGAUUGAAUACUUAAAAAAAAAGCUAUUUUGUGGAAAAUUGACAUAAUCUUCAAAAAUCAUUAACUUUUGUAUACAUUUAGAGAUUCAUAUGGAGAUUUCAAAGUAAGGUAGAAAAGUGAAAAGGGUUUAACAAAGUUAGAAUAUUAACCAAGACAGAUGUAGAAUAAAAAAAAUUUCUAUGUGAUUUUAUCAAAUUAUUUAUUUGCAUAAAAAACUGUGUCAGUUACUCACAACAGGUUGGAGCACUUUUUUAUGGUAGAUUUGGCUUUGAGUAACUUCAGCCACCUGUGUCUAAGUGCUAAAAAUAAAAUGAUGUUAUUAUAAUUAGUCCUCCAAAUUCUGAAUCUUUAACUAAGCUUUUUUAAUUUCCAGUAACUGAUAUAAAUACAUAUUCUGAUUUAAUGUCUUUUUGGGGAGAGAAACAGCUAACUGUGUCACCUUUCAUGAUAAACUCCAUUAAUGUUAAUGCUUUUUGUUGUCUACAGGGUGUAGAUUUUUAUGCUGCAGCAGUAAAUCUGUGCUAUCUAGAGAAAAAUGAAGAGCGUGGUCCUUAAGGUGGUCUAAGGCCAUUUAUAUUCCAAUUAGCUGGUAUUUUAUGGAGUUUAAGUGUGAGUUUGUUUAUGUUGUCAAUGCGUGUGUGCACAAAUGGGUGCAGAAAAACAAACUCCUAAUCACUGUUUCUCUGAGUUAUGCAUCACUAAAGAAACACCGAGGGAUUGAGCGAAAUGUGUGUUUAAGCAGAUUCACCUCAGUGCCUCUACACAGAUUUUUUUUCUCCUUUUUCUCUGAUAGGGCCCGGCAAGCUGCACUUUACUCAGUGUUUCCGGGUCACUUCCCCUCUCAGCGCUGGAGCCUGUCGCUGCUUUCUCCCUGUCACAGCCAUUCAAGGCCCUGUCACCAUUAACCUGCUCAUUCACCCACUUAGUCUGCCUGCAGAUCGCUUGUUGUUUCUGCUGAAUUCCAGUCUUUUACCUUUGCUAGUGCACACUCUCAACUUUUGCAAAAAGAUAAGAAAAUUGUUUGUCUGAUGUCAAACUGGGGCUAAUUGGAGCAUAUGGGGGUGAUUUAAAAGGUAAUAAAUUGUAAAAGAAAAAAACAACAAAUAAUUUGGUUUAACGUUUUUUUUUGGACAAUUUUUUUUAUAAAUCUAUACACAGUAUCACAUCUCACAUAAGUGAGUACAACCCACAUGUUUCUGUAAAUACUGCAUUAUAUACAAUACUACAACAGAAAAAAAGUAAACAGAUUGUAUAACCUGGCAAAAUUGUUGACUGCUUAAAAAGAACUAAACCCACAGCCAUCAUUGUCUAAAUCGCUGACAGGGAAAGUGAAUACACCCCUUAGUGAAAAUGUCCAAAUUGUGCCAAAUUAAACAUUUCCCUCCAAGGUGUGAUUAGUGUUACAAGAUCUUAUGUAUGAAUGGGGAAGCAGGUGUAUUAAAGUUGAUAUUAUUGCUCUUGCCUUCUCUCAUCAUCGCUGGGAGUCCAACAUGGUACCUCGUGGUGAAGAAGUAUCAGCUGCCCUUGCUUCACUACACCUGAUUUCCACUGAUUGCUGAUUAACAUGCUUCUGGUGAAUGGCAUUCAUCAGGAAGUUGAAAUAUGCAAAAUGCAGGGCAACUUUUUCGGACCAACCUUUGAGACCCCUGCUUUACAUAAAGAUAGAGGAACAACUGGGGGAGGAGUACAAAGAUAAGUGAGUGCUGCAUACAGUAGAGCACAGUGGUGGUGGUAUUAUGGUUUGCAGACUCGAUGAGCAUUGCUGGCUAUUGGAAGCUACAGUUCAUUGUGGAAUCCAUGACUGACCAUAAAUAUUUUGAAAUACUGAGGCAGAGUUUGAUCUGCUCUCCUUGAAAAUCAGCUUGUGAAGUUCUUGUGAACUGCUGCUCAAACAAGUUAAGGCUCGUG